AUGGCCAAGAAGAAGAAAGCUCAGCUCAAGCCAGUUGCAAGAGGCUUCGCAACAACGUCUCUUCCUUCCAAAAAGACUAUUGCGGAAGCGACGGCGCAGGCUGAAGAACCUCCAAGUUCUCUGCCACAGCCAGAAGAUGUAGGCCUUACCUCACAAGUUGAAACUGCGCAAGAAAGUGGAGUUGGGACAGAUCCACGCACGGCCGAACUGCAGAGGCUCCUUGACAAACACCACGAAAGAGUUGAGAAGGAUAUCGGCAGGACCCUCAAGGCACUCGAGACUGAUCGUAGGGUCGCCAAAUCCUACUCCCUCUUGGAAAUGGAACAUCAGUGGCGUGAUAAAAUAUUUGAGCUGGCGCAGGCCGAGGAGAAUACAAUUGAAGUAUCACCUGUAACAGAGUCCGAGGACAGAUUAUUGCCUCGUAUCGGUGUACUUUACGGAGUCCUAUGUCGCCUCGGCUUGUCGGAAGAUGCGACCAUCCAAUGCCUUCUUUCCAUUAAACGUAUAGAGUUGGAAGAUGCUCUUGAAUGGGUUUAUCUUCGUGGAUACGAGCAUGAGCUCGUUUGGUGCAAAGAUUCCUUGGAUGCUGUUAAUCUUCCUCCCCUUAGUCCUCGAGCCGGGAUGUCCUACCACUCUGCAUCACCUAGUCUGCGGACUUUGGCAAUAUCAUCGCAGGAACCUUCCAACGCCAACUCUGAAGCAUCGUUUCCAAUCUCAAACGAAGUCGAACUGUCCACGGUUCAUUCUGGACGGCUAGAUCGUGAAUCAAAUCCGCAAGGUGGCCAGUCAAGGGCAACUGUUAUCAACGUCGAAGAUGAAGGAAGCUCUUCAGGGAGCGAAUCGGAUCCGAAUUUACGCUACGCACAGAGCCGUCUCUCAAUCCUGCGCAUACAGCGUUCAGGAGAAGCCAAGGAAAAGGCAAGGCGUCUUGAAGUGCUCGAAAAGCGAGUCAGAGAAGCCAAGAAUGACUAUCUCUUUUCCACAAGGUUGGCAGAAGCGGAGUUUGCAUCGCGUAGAAGCAAAUGGGAGGCGGAUGUGCUCAAGGCUCGACUACAAAGUGGCUUUGGUCCAGGUCAAAUCUCUACAGAACUACCUGCGGCGGCUUCUAUAUCCGAACGUCCUCUCCUGGCAACCACUGCCCCUUCAGCAGAAUCCCCUGCUGAACCAGCAGACGCUCCCGAGGACGAAUCUAUGUUUGGAACGUUACUCGACGAGAUGCCGACAGAAGAGAUUACAAGCGCUGGUGUAGUCAUCACCGUCAAAGAUAUGGCGUCAAAACAAUGGUCAGGGAAGACGCCAAAGACGAUGCUAGGAGAUAUGGUAGCUAAAAUAGAUCGUUAUGCGACAAUUAGCUACAAGACGAUUAGCGGCGGUAGUCGUGCAGUCCGGUCGAGCUGCACCAUUAGAUGGGCUGGUGGGCGGGGCGACGAAUGGAGAAUGGAGACAGUAGCUUGCCAUGACUCGCAGCAAUCGGAGAACUACGCCGCCAUACUUGCACUCCAUGCCAUCACCUAUCCGCCCUCUCUUGGUUUUGCGGGCGGGCCUUCACCUUACAGCGGUACAAGCAAUCACCGAACCUUGCACCCGGUAUUCCGUGCUCUGUGGGUGGAGCUAGAAGAGAAGCGUAAAGGCGAAGAGGCAGAAUACAAUCGAAACACCUGGGCAAAACUCAAAGAAGUCGCGGAUAAGAAGCUUGCGCGUAAAGAGGCCGAUAAAGCAAGACAUCAGAAACUUCAGGACUCAGCUUCAGCGCGUGAGCGGUCUGUACCGUCUGGUGACGUGACCUCAGCGCAAGCCGAGGAAAUCAUGGCUUCAUUAUUCAUCCGGCAAUCUACGGAAGCAUACCAGCGAAUGUUUAACCUGCGUCAGACUUUGCCCAUUGCUGCAUAUCGCCAGGAGAUUAUAGAAACUUUGGAGCAUCAUCAAGUUCUUGUACUUAGUGGAGAAACCGGCUGUGGAAAGAGCACUCAGCUGCCUGCCUUCAUCAUGGAAGACCAACUAUCGAGAGGGAAAGCAUGCAAGAUCAUCUGCACGGAGCCUCGGAGGAUUUCGGCGAUAUCUCUCGCUCAACGCGUCAGUGCGGAGCUAGGAGAGCCUCCUGGCGCAGUAGGAACAAAUCAUAGUCUCAUCGGCUACUCCAUACGGUUAGAAAGCAAUAUUACCAAAUCGACGCGGCUGGCAUUUGUCACCAACGGCAUUGCUCUACGAAUGUUGGAAGGUGGAAAUGGUGCAGGAGCUACGAUUGACGAAGUGACUCAUUUGAUUGUGGACGAGGUUCAUGAACGCUCCAUCGAAUCGGACUUUCUCCUCAUAAUUCUCAAAUCACUUCUAGAGCAGCGUCCCAAUCUCAGAGUAGUUCUCAUGUCAGCCACUCUCGAUGCAGUCAAGAUUGCAGAAUAUUUUGGUCAGUGCCCUACGAUAUAUGUCCCCGGAAGGACAUUCCCGGUCAACGUCGGGUUUCUCGAAGACGCCGUUCAGUUUGCCGGAUGGCGGAUAGAUGAGAGCUCCCCAUAUGCCAGGCGGGGUAAUGAUAAAUACUCUCGCGGGAAGAAUGCGCAGUUUGAAUGGUCAGAGGAAUCUCAGGAGUCUCUUGGAGAUGAAGAGGAAGUACAACAACUCGAGCCUGUCGUCUUGGAGAAGAAAUAUUCCUCACAGACCGUAUCAGCUGUCAACUUGCUGGAUCAACGGCUCAUACCCUACGAUCUGAUUGUUCGAAUGCUGGAACGCCUCUGCUUCGAGGACGACACGUACAUUGCCUACUCAGCCGCCAUUUUGGUGUUUAUGCCAGGGUUAGCAGAGAUCAGAAAGCUGCACGAUAUGCUACUCUCGCAUGAGCUCUUCUCCAACGAGGCGUUUCGAAUCUACCCUUUGCAUUCAACGGUCUCUAGUGAGGGUCAAAGUGCAGUGUUCGAGGUUCCACCUGCGGGUAUACGCAAAAUAGUCAUAUCAUCUAAUAUCAGCGAAACUGGUGUUACAAUCCCUGAUAUUACGGCUGUUAUCGACUCAGGAAAACAUCGGCAAAUGAUGUUCGAUGAAAAGAGACAGCUAUCGAGAUUAGUGGAAACUUUCAUAGCGAAGAGUAACGCUGCUCAGCGCCGCGGGAGAGCAGGGCGAGUGCGAGAAGGCAUUUGCUUCCAUCUAUUCACAAGGUUGAGACACGAUACGCUGAUGGCCGAACAUCCAGUACCUGAGAUGCUGCGACUGUCCCUGUCAGAACUCGCACUACGGACGAAAAUCAUGAGGGUAGACGUAGGGUCGUCAAUUGAGGAGAUACUGCGUCGAGCUCUAGAUCCCCCCAGCCAAAUCAAUAUUCAGCGGGCCGUAGCAAGCCUUGUCGAAGCUGGGGCCUUGACACCGGGCGAGGAAAUCACUGGACUUGGUCGAUACUUGGCCCACAUGCCUACCGAUGUUGCACUGGGGAAGUUCCUCCUUAUGGCCACAGUCUUCAAGUGUCUUGAUCCUGCACUUACGAUCGCUGCCACCCUCAGCUCGAAGAGUCCCUUUGUCUCACCUUUUGGCAAGGAGGACGAGGCAAAUCGUCAGAAGGCGGCAUUCAGAGUGGAUAACUCUGACUUCCUUACUAUCCACAACGCGUUUGCUACAUGGAGGCAUGCAUGCGGAAACGGCCAAAACUUUGCACGAGAUCUCUGUCACAAGAGCUUCCUCAGCUACCAGAAUCUCCAGCAAAUAGAAGAGAUCCGACAGCAAUAUCUUAGCUACUUGGUUGACGCCUCGCUGAUCAAAGUUGACCGGGCCUAUGAGAAGGAACUCAGUCGUGUACGAUAUAGUCAAGGUCGUGGGCGUCCUCGCUUUAUUUCUGUCCCCCCGGACACCGACGUCAAUUCUAUCCCCGGGAAAAGCGCUUUCAUCAAUGCUGCCAUUGUCGCUGGUCUUUAUCCCAAGAUCCUCGUAAUCGAUGGUGGCAGCUCGAAUCAACAAAUGCGAGCAUUGACCAACAACCAACAUGCACAUUUUCAUCCGAGCUCAAUCAACUUUGGUAGGAAGCCACUAGAUGUCUCGUCUGGUGGACACUGUCUUGUUUAUUUCACCCUCAUGCACUCCAAGAAAUUAUAUGCAUGGGAAACUAGUCCCGUCGACGAUUUAGCGAUGGUUCUUCUCUGUGGAGAUACCGAAUUCAAGCUGUCCUCCGACGCUAUCUUUUUGGAUAGGAAGAUCAGGUACCGUCUGGAUCCAAAGACACUCAUAGCUACCAAACGAGUUCGCGACUACUUGCAAAAACACUUGCAGGAUAGAUUCAGUGGGCAAAGGACUUCUGGUCGCAGUACGCUUGGUGAAUGGGAGCCCUUAAUCAUGGCAGUUCUUGGCAAGCAAACCGAGGAACCGAGCUAG